AUGAGGACCGUGCAACGCAAGGUGUCCUCGCCAUCGCAGUGUUCGUACGACUAUGAGAACGAAGACGGAUCCGAAAAGGUUGUCCGGUCAGGAUUAACGGCGGACGGUUCCAUUUCGCAGCGUAGCACUAUCGACAAUGGUGUUGGCGAUGUGUACGAAGACCUCUUCCUUCUCCAGGAAAUUGCAUUCGACCUGCCCGAAAUAGAAGGUAGCUUGUUGAGUGUAAUCUCCAACGUGAAGCAUUGCAACUCGUAUACAUUCCCAGCAUGGUUUCUUAAGUUCUUCACGGCAUCAUUCCACUACCUGCUGAUUGCCGGAUUCGUCUUCAUCAUCGGUUUGAUAGCCGGAAUUUUUGUGUCUUCCCCUACUGGGAUAUCUGGCAGUUUUGUGUGGCAUUCCAGUGCGAAGGCGCCAUCCGCUCCCCAAUCAAAGCUGUUCGUUUAUCACAAUGCUGGCACUCAAUCUUUGUCAGUUGAGGGAACGCUAUAUCUAUCGCAUCAUCUGUUGAAUCCUACGCCUUUCACUGCGUCGUUUUCUUCAUUGGUCUCCGUGCUCUACUUGCCCCAGGAUUUAUCUAUCGUCCGAGGGACCGAUGAUUGCCGUAAUGAAACUGUCUGGAAGAAAAUUGGCAAUUCCGGCUCCACGUUGCUCAAAUUCCCCAAUUUAAAGAUUUUUCAGGGAUCGAGCACCGUGCAAAAUCAGCGCGUGUUUCCGGGGAGAUCGGUUUCCGACGUUUAUGGCAACCUUCCUGCCGCGGGUGAAGCUGGCGCUCGUGCCGUUGACGAGGGCAACCUUGUAACGGUUUCCGACGUGAAGCAGGUUUCAAAAAAAGAUAGAGGCGAUGACAUUCAAGUUGCGGACAGCUCGAUGUUUGAUCUGUUCAGGUCGUACCUGAUGCUUGGCAACAGGCUGCAUGUGGUUGCCAGCGUCCAGUGGGGGCUGAACGAAGUUAGUUACAUGAUCAGUGUCAAGCAGGUGUUAGCUAGGAAUGCUGGCAACUCUGAACUAUUCGACUCGCUGCUUCGAGACUGCCGUAGGGGCGCUAUUUUGUUGCAGAUUGCAUCUGUUGACCAACGUUUCGAGACUAUGUUCUUUGGCGGUGAUAUGCCGCCGCAUCACUUUGCCCCUGUGAGUGUAACUUGCAAGAUGCCAAGGCCGGGGACUGCAGGGCAUGACCUUCGUGCUGCGUGGCGCGGACAGAGUGAUGCGUUUGUAAAGCAAUUCAACAUUUUGCUAAACAUGGACACCGUUUCGGAUAUGCGUUAUCCGUUGCGCCCUUCAAGGACAGAGAGCAACACCGCCUAG